AUGGAGCUGCGUGUGGGAAACAAGUACCGCCUGGGACGGAAGAUCGGGAGUGGGUCCUUUGGAGACAUCUACCUGGGUGCCAACAUCGCCUCUGGUGAAGAAGUUGCCAUCAAGCUAGAGUGUGUGAAAACGAAGCACCCGCAGCUGCACAUCGAGAGCAAGUUCUACAAGAUGAUGCAGGGGGGAGGUGGAAUCCCGUCCAUCAAGUGGUGCGGAGCCGAAGGUGACUACAACGUGAUGGUCAUGGAGCUGCUGGGGCCCAGCCUGGAGGACCUCUUCAACUUCUGCUCCCGCAAGUUCAGCCUCAAGACGGUGCUGCUCCUGGCCGACCAGAUGAUCAGCCGCAUCGAGUACAUCCACUCCAAGAACUUCAUACACCGCGACGUCAAGCCCGACAACUUCCUCAUGGGGUUGGGGAAGAAGGGCAACCUGGUGUACAUCAUCGACUUUGGCCUGGCCAAGAAAUACCGGGACGCCCGCACCCACCAGCAUAUCCCCUACCGGGAAAACAAGAACUUGACUGGCACUGCCCGCUAUGCCUCCAUCAACACCCAUCUGGGCAUCGAGCAAAGCCGUCGAGACGACCUGGAGAGUCUGGGCUACGUGCUCAUGUACUUCAACCUGGGCUCCCUGCCCUGGCAGGGCCUCAAAGCGGCCACCAAGCGCCAGAAGUACGAGCGCAUCAGCGAGAAGAAGAUGUCGACGCCCAUCGAGGUCCUCUGCAAAGGCUACCCCUCCGAGUUCUCAACAUACCUCAACUUCUGCCGCUCGCUGCGGUUCGACGACAAGCCCGACUACUCCUACCUGCGCCAGCUCUUCCGCAACCUCUUCCACAGGCAGGGCUUCUCCUACGACUACGUCUUCGACUGGAACAUGCUCAAAUUCGGCGCAGCCCGGAACCCCGAGGACGUGGACCGGGAGCGGCGAGAACACGAGCGCGAGGAGAGGAUGGGGCAGCUCCGGGGGUCCGCCACCCGGGCCCUGCCCCCUGGCCCGCCCACGGGGGCCACCGCCAACCGGCUCCGCCCUGCUGCCGAGCCUGUGGCUUCCACCCCAGCCUCCCGCAUCCAGCAAGCUGGCAAUACUUCUCCCAGAGCGAUCUCACGAGUCGACCGAGAGAGGAAGGUGAGCAUGAGGCUACACAGGGGUGCGCCCGCCAACGUCUCCUCCUCCGACCUCACUGGGCGGCAAGAGGUCUCCCGGAUUUCAGCCUCACAGACAAGCGUGCCAUUUGACCAUCUCGGGAAGUGA